AUGGCUGCUAGUGGCGGCGUCGUCGCCGCCGGCGAGAGGCUACGCUACGCUGAAGACUCGCCGCCCCCGACCAAGCGGUCGGACGCCGACACUGACCGGAGACUGGCAAGAAGUUUGAUAGCUGUGGGACUGGGUAUUGCAGCUCUUGGAUUUGCAGGUCGCUACACAUUUCAAAUCUGGAAACCUCUAGGACAAGUAAUCACAGAAACUGCAAAGAAGAUUUCAACUCCUAGUUUUUCAUCCUACUAUAAAGGAGGAUUUGAACAAAAAAUGAGUAGGCGAGAAGCGAGUCUUAUUUUAGGUGUAAGCCCAUCUGCCGGCAAGGCCAAGAUUAGAGCAGCUCACAGGAGAAUCAUGAUUUUGAAUCACCCAGAUAAAGGUGGAUCUCCUUACUUAGCAACCAAAAUUAAUGAAGCAAAAGACUUGCUAGAAGCAGCCACCAAACAUUGACUGAUGCUCAAGGACCACUCUGAAGGAGAAAAAGGGGGACCUUAUAAAAAAUGUCCUGCAAGUUAAUCUAAAUCAUGACCUUCAUAAUUUUCAUACAUGUAGUGACCACAAUCAUUUCUUCCACUACUAAGCUAUAUAAUAAUAAAAGAUGAACAAUCCAUCUUUGUUUUAUCU